CAUAAUGUUAUGGCUGAUCGGUGUGUGUGCGUCUGUUCACAGCGAGGCGGAGAAAGUGAACACAGUGUGUGUGUUUAGGAAAGGUAGGGGUGGGAGCCAUGAAUAUUCUCCAGACUUCGCCUCCAACUUCGUGUGAGACUGCGUGAGUGAGCGUUGAUGGGUUUAGUUUCGGGAGGGAAUGUAAUCGUUGCAGCCGAGUGUGUGUUCCCUUGGUCGACAAGGGAGUGAGUGUGUGUGUGUGUGUGUGUGUGUGUGUGUGUGUGUGUGUGUGUGUGUGUGUGUGUGUGUGUGUGUGUGUGUGUGAGUGAGCUUGUCUGAAUGGGAGCCAGGAGAAGGGGAAGGGCCUCAAGUCAGCCGACAAAAACAGCUGCUUCAGUGUGCUCGGGAAAACACGCGCAGAGAGAGGGGCAGAGCGAGGGAAGGAAAGAGGGGAAAAAGAGAGAGGGGGGGGACCGGCAGGGUCCACGGCUCUAUAUGGGUUGCGCUCUGGGUACGGACUGCUGCGGGGACGAGCCCGAGCCAGAACCAGAACCGGUCAGAGGGACUCUGAAGAGGGAGAGAACAGACAGCAAGAGCAACAUGAGGCUCACUAAGGCAACGAAGGGAGAGCCCCAUGUCUUUAAAGAGAAGACCUUUAAGAAGAAGCGUCAGUGUGGGGUGUGUAAGCAGAGUAUAGAGAGCCUGGGCUCCUUCUGCCGAGUCUGCAAAACAGCCACUCAUAAGAAAUGUGAAAGCAAGGUGAGCUCAGCCUGCGUCCCGGCUCAGCCCUCCGACCUGCAGCGCCGAGGAACCACCUCCUCUAGGCACAUCCAACAUCUGGGCUCAACCAAGUCUCUGACGUACACCAAACAGAGGAGCACUCUGCCCAGGAGUUUCAGUGUUGACCGGGUGAUGGACAGAGUGAUGGAGCGUCAGUAUGACUUUGACCUCACCUACAUAACUGAGCGGAUCAUCUCCGUCUUCUUCCCCCCUCUGCUGGAGGAGCAGCGCUAUCGCCUCAACCUCAAAGAAGUGGCUUCCAUGCUCAAGUCCAAACAUCAGGACAAGUUUCUGUUGUUCAACCUGUCUGAGAGAAGGCAUGACAUCACACGACUCAACCCCAAGGUCCAUGACUUCGGCUGGCCGGACCUGCACGCCCCCCCACUGGACAAAAUCUGCGCCAUGUGUAAAGCCAUGGAAACCUGGCUGAACUCUGACCCCCAGCAUGUGGUGGUCCUGCACUGCAAGGGAAAUAAGGGAAAGACGGGCGUCAUCAUCGCAGCCUACAUGCACUACAGCAAGAUAUCAGCAGGGGCGGAUCAGGCUCUCAGCACUCUGGCUAUGAGGAAGUUCUGUGAGGAUAAGGUGUCGUCUUCUCUGCAGCCCUCGCAGAACAGGUAUAUCUAUUACUUUGGCGGCCUUCUGUCAGGGGCCAUAAAGAUGAACAGCAGUCCUCUCUUCCUCCACCAGGUCCUCAUUCCCACCAUCCCCAAGUUUCAGGCAGAUGGAGGCUAUUUUCCCUUCCUGAAGAUCUAUCAGUCCAUGCAGCUGGUCUACACCUCGGGCAUAUAUGAUUUGCAGGGCUCAACGGGCAGGAAGCUGUGUGUGACCAUUGAGCCUGCUCUGCUGCUGAAAGGUGACAUCAUGGUGAAGUGCUAUCACAGACGAGUACAGGCUGCUGAGAGGGACACUGUGUUUCGACUGCAGUUCCACACCUGCACCAUCCAUGGAGCGCAGCUGUGGUUUGGGAAAGGAGAGCUGGAUGAAGCUUGUUCAGAUGACAGAUUUCCUCCUGAUGCCACUGUGGAAUUUGUUUUCUCCUCUGGACCAGAGAAAAUCAAAGGGCGAGAAUACCAGCGAAAUGAUCCAGCGGUCACAGUGGACUAUAACACAGCUGAUCCAGUGGUGCGCUGGGACUCUUAUGAGAACUUUAACCAGAGACAUCAGGACAGCCUUGAAGAUAUUGCACACACCCGAGGGCCUCUGGAUGGCAGCCUGUACGCUCAGGUGAAGAAACGGCGUGCUGCAGCUUCCUCCUCCCUCCCUUCUACCAAUGGCAGCCCUCCACGGAGCUCCGAGGAGAGGCCCAGUCAGCUCCUGUCAGUCAGCACUGACUCCGGACACUCUUCAGUCCCACCCGAACGUCUGGAGGACGCACCCAGACCAGCACCGCCCACUCAGCAGGAGCGGGAGGAGCUGGACCGCCUGCUGGGAGGCAUCGAGGGUGAGAGGGGUGUGAGAGAUCGCGAGAGAGAGACGGCUAUUUUGGAUGACGGCGACUCCUUGCCCCCUGAGCGAACGGGAUCUCUGCGUUUAGCUCGUUCCUGUUCAUGUCGGGUGGGCUACAGAUCGCAGCGCUGUGCUGAGCCUGGCUGUGACCGCCUCCACCACUUACCCAAUGGAUACUGCCUAGAUCGCUCUGCUCCUGCCACUAACGGCCACACGGGGGCAUCUUCCCCGAUGCCACCCCUGCUAGGGUUGUGCCAGCACCACAGCGUCCACCCACAUCAGUCCCUUCCACCUCCAGACCUGCUGUGGGACCGGCAGCAAGGGCCACAGCACUACCUGCAUCGGUCAUGCUCUGAGGGGCCCUCCAGGCACCUGUGCCCAUAUCCAUCCCAGGACCUCGGCCCUCAUACUCUCACUUCUGGUGGCCGGCUCCUGUGCAGGGCAGACGAAUACAUCCCCUACCCCCAGCCCCACCACAAUCACAACCAUCCACACCACCCCAAACCAGCUGGUUCGUACCAUGACGUGAUGCUGAUGGACAGCCUGCCCCCUCCUGGCUGCCCAUGCCGGGACUGCUGCCUGAGACGCGAGGAAUUCCAUGCCUUACGUCUUGACAGAGGCGAGGGCCUACAUUGGGAGAGGGAAGAGCUUCCCCGAGAAGGCGGAUUAAGGCGAGCCAGGGAGUCUGACAUUCCAAGAGGGGCUGAGCUGCACUGGGAGGCGGGGUUACGGCGGGGUCGAGAGGCAUCCCUCCACUGGGACAGGGAAAGAGAGGCAGAGCUUCAAUGGGAAAGAGAGCGAGAGGUGGAGUAUUGGCAUAGAAGAGCCACUGUGGCACCCUAUGGACCCCCUGGUCAUGAGGUGCCCACCUUCGCCUUCGACCCACUGCCAUCUGGCCACCCAGCAUACCCCGAGCCUUCCAGGUCGCACUCACACGCCCACCCGGACCUAAAGUACAGCAGCAGCUCCAGCGGCUAUCAGACACCUCACCAGACCUGCCCCUGCUCGCCCUACCAGCCCUCACCCUCGGAGAGCCGAGGGUACGCCUCGGGAUACCAAUCUGACUCCACCUCCCCCCUUCCCUCGAAUUACUCAUCCUGCUACAGCCCAGCGCACCAUGCCAGCGGCCCCCCUGAUGGUCAUACGGAGCCCCAUCCUCAGCACUACCCUCCCAAUACACACCCAGACGGCCCUGGUGUUCCAGGUGAGAAUGUGGGUUGGCGGGACCAUAUAACCCAUGGUUCCUUGAGGCGACUUCAUCGAGAUGCACAUGGCGCAUGCUCCACACCCUCUGAUAUGUCUGGGCCACCCACUCCAGUCCACACCAGCAGUCCACUGCGCACACAAGAAAGCCCUAGUCUGAGCAUCCGGGAGCAGGAGGCCCGAUCAUCAGAGGUCAGCACUGACAGCACCACUCCCCUCGCCCAGGACAGGCCAUACCCAGCUGUCCCGCAGCCACCCAACUCUGGGCAAGAACCUCAUCAAGUAGACAGUACAUCCUCAGAGCCUUCUAGACCCUGUGGUUCCAGUCCUCAGACACACUCCUCCCCUUCUCGGCAGCUGUCCACACACUCCGCUCCAGUCUCGCCUACAGCCAGCUCCCACCAGCAAGCCCCUGCGCCUUCCGUCCACUCUGCCCCGGCCUCCCCUACACAGGGCAGCCAACUGCAGAGCACCAGCCAGCCCAGUGUUGCUCCAUCCCUGCCAGUUGAGGAAGCAAGUACAGCACCUUCACAGCCAGUCCAAAAGGAGCCACAGACUCUUACCCAGGCCGCACCGCAUUCUGUCUCCCCAAAUACUCCACAGUGUGUCGCCUCAGUCCCGCCUGAGUCUGUUCCACCCCUUCCGCAGAGCAAUGGAGUGGCACUGCCUCCUGAACCAGGGACCCCCAGAUCGACGUCCUCUGGACCCGUUUCUCCUCAACCUCUGGGCAGCCAGGAGAUCCCACCCUCCCCUGAACCUCCAGUGCCUGGCUUUGCCACUCUCGGCAGGAAGCUGAUGCUGGGCACAGAAUCCUCCCUUCCAGCAGGGCACCUGCAGCCAUGCCCAAGCACAGAUAGCAGUUCUGACGGUCACUCCACGCCCACCUUUCCCGUCUCAUCAGGCUGCUACACUCCCGGAGCUUCCCCAAGUUCCACCAUCCAGCCUCCUCUUCCAGAGAAACGCCGCCAGGGCACCUUGCCAGGCUCACCCAACGGCAGAUCUGGCACCCUGAGGGCAUCCUUGAGUCACUCACCCUCGGCCCAGCAUCAUGUUACGUUUUCCCCUUCAGUGGGAGAGGUGGCAGCGGCCAGCGGGGAGAGUGAGGGGCCUGUGGAGGGCGAGGUGGGCAACCGGGUCAGCGUCAAAUUUGUGCAGGACAGCUCCCGUUUUUGGUACAAGCCCGGAAUAUCCCGAGACCAAGCCAUCGCAGCUCUGAAGGAAAAAGAGCCAGGUGCGUUCCUGAUCCGGGACAGCAACUCCUUCCAAGGGGCUUACGGCCUGGCCCUCAAAGUGGCCACGCCGCCCCCCAGUGUCAACAACCACGGCAGCAAAGGUGGAGAUCCUAUGGAGCAGUUGGUCAGACAUUUCCUGAUUGAGACCGGCCCACGAGGGGUGAAGAUCAAAGGCUGCCAAAAUGAGCCCCACUUCGGGAGCCUGUCAGCGCUGGUGUAUCAGCAUUCCAUCACACCCAUCUCUUUGCCCUGUGCACUCCGCAUCCCAGACAAAGAUCCUAUAGGAGAGACACAGGAAGUGCAGCCUGCCAGCAACAUGAGCACCGCAGCAGACUUACUGAAACAGGGAGCAGCGUGUAACGUGCUGUACCUGAACUCAGUGGAGACGGAGUCUCUGACCGGACCGCAGGCUAUUGCUAAAGCAGUGGGAGCCACCGUGACUCGCAGCCCUCGGCCCUCAGCCACCGUCGUCCACUUCAAAGUGUCAGCGCAGGGCAUCACGCUGACCGACAGCCAGCGCAGGGUGUUCUUCAGGAGGCACUACCCCGUUAGCAGUGUGACUUUCAGCAGUGUAGACCCGCAGGACAGGAGGUGGACUAACUCAGACAACACAACGUCUAAAGUGUUCGGCUUUGUUGCUAAGAAACCAGGCAGCGUGGCGGAGAACGUGUGUCACCUGUUUGCCGAGCUGGACCCCGAGCAGCCGGCCACCGCCAUCGUUAACUUCAUCAACAAAGUCAUGCUGGGGCCACAGAGACGGUAGAAGCUGAGGAGGAGGAGGAGGAGGAGGAAGGAGGGAGAUGGAGUUCUAUAAACAGACGAGUUCUUUCUCCACACAGCACCGUCGUUCUAAAGGCACUACAAGGCUGUAGUAGCAGACGUCCCUCAAGUCCCAGGGCAGAAAAGUGGCCGUCCAGUUAAAAGGUUUAACAGCUUAGAAGUUUCCAAAAUACCUAUGAAAAUAUUGUUUUGUCCUGCAGGGGAAAGACUUCACAGUUCACACCAAAACUAAGACCAAAUCAGAACGAAACAGGAAGAAAGUGACGUCUGUUUUCAGAAACUUAGUAAACAACUCAGAUUCAUUCUCAUGUGAACUCAGAAUAUAUUAAGCACUGUUGAUUCCUUUCUACAGUAUGAUAAAUAUAGGCAUUAGUGUUUCACGUGCACUCAGAAUAAAACAAUACUGUAUAGAGGAAGAUCAUAAUCUCUGCAGCUGACAAUCAACAGGUGUAGUUCUGUUAUAUAGAAUGUCUUUCUGUAUGUAUUAUUUGUAUUUCACUGUUCCAGAUACAAGACAGCAGCAGUAGUGAGUACUUUUAAUAACUGAUUGCUGUAACCAGAGGUGUGUCGUGCAGCCCAAAACCAUCCUCAAGUAAAAGUGUUGUUACUUCAGUGAAAUAAUAGCUUGAGCGCAGACGUAAAAGCAGCUGCCCGAAGGAUAAAAGUCAAAAAUCUUGUGUAAAAGUGUGAAAAUAGUACCAGGUCAAAAACAACUCGGUACAAACAGUACAAAAAAUACUGAGCUCCUUAUAGAACUGCAGUGGACCUUUCCAGUAGAUUCAGCAUCAGUAUAGAAACUGAAGCCUCUUUUUAGGGUCCCUUUGGCGUGAAAUCACCUCUUUU